CAUGACGCCCGUGCAGCCCGCGCACGACUACUACCCGCCCCACAAGGUCGAGAUCGACUCCGACGACGGGUACCCCCCCGAGGCCCACUCCUACCGACACUCGCCCCACGAACUCGCCGCCUACGCCCCCGACAACAAAGUCCCCGUCCAGCCGGACGUCUACGACCAGGGCAUGGAGUCCAUAGACGAGAAGACGCCCAUCGAUCUCAUAUACGAAGACGACAAGCAGACCGUGAUCUACACCACGACGCCGGACCAGAAGCGCGUCGAGAUGAUAAGCGGCCAGCUGGACGACGGCCAGCUCGUGAGCGGCGGCGGGCAGCUGGUGGACGGCGGCGUGUCCGUGGUGGUGGGGCCGCCCGGGCAGGGCCAGACGGUGCUGGUCAUCGCCGACCACGUGGUGGACGAGCUCGGGCAGGUCAUCGCGAUACCCAGAAGACGCAAGGAGGUGAUGGAAGUCGGCGGGGAGCAGUGGCGGGCGUACUACAGCGGGGCGGAGCACCCGCUCAGCGCGGCCACGUCGGCGGUGCUGGACGUGUCCGACGAGCCGGGGCAGCCGCUCGAGUACUACCGCCUGCCGCCGAUCGCGCAGGACUCGCACCUCAAUCUGCACAAGGAUGCCAAGCUGGUGGAUGUGUGGCAGGCCGGCGGAACGCUGAAGGCGGCCAAUGGCGCGCACGGGGCGGAGCUGAGCGAGCUGUCGGGGCUGCUGCACGCGGGGCUCGUGAAGCGCGAGCCCGAGGACCUCAGCCGCAAGGUGGCCGAGGAGCCCGAGCCGCACGCGCUCAAGCCGCAGCGACACAAGUCGUUCGACUACACGGUAAUAUGCCAGCAGCCCGUGGGAGAGGACGGGCGGGGCACGCCCUCGGCGCACCACUCGCCCGCCCAGCCGCCCAGGACCAGGCCCUGGCACGACUUCGGCAGGCAGAACGACGCUGACAAGAUACAGAUUGCUAAACUGUUUUCCUCGUACGGGUUCAAGUACCACCUGGAGACGGCUAGCAGCAGCUCGCAGCGCCGGGAGGACGACCGCAUCACGUACAUCAACAAAGGCCAGUUCUACGGCAUCACCUUGGAAUACAUACACGACCCGGACAAACCCCUCAAGAAUCAAACAGUAAAGAGUGUUGUUAUGCUUAUGUUCCGAGAAGAAAAAUCUCCAGAGGACGAAAUCAAAGCGUGGCAAUUUUGGCAUGGCAGACAACAUUCAGUCAAACAGAGGAUACUAGAUGCCGACACGAAGAACAGCAUCGGGCUGGCCGGCUGCAUCGAGGAGGUGGCGCACAACGCCAUCGCCGUCUACUGGAACCCGCUCGAGAGCGCAGCCAAGAUCAAUAUCGCCGUGCAAUGCCUGAGUACGGAUUUCAGCAGCCAAAAGGGUGUAAAGGGUUUACCGCUGCAUAUACAAAUUGACACCUUUGAGGAUCCACGAGACACUCAAGUUUACCACCGAGGAUACUGUCAAAUCAAAGUGUUUUGUGAUAAGGGUGCCGAAAGAAAGACCAGAGACGAAGAGAGAAGAGCAGCGAAGCGGAAAAUGUCAGCCACGAAUAGAAAGAAGUUGGAUGAGAUAUAUCAUCCAGUGACAGAGAGAAGCGAGUUCUACUCAAUGGCGGACUUGUCGAAACCUCCAGUACUGUUCAGUCCAGCGGAAGACAUAGACAAGUUAGCCGGGAUGGACAUACAAGGUUUCUACGGGCACGACGAGGCCGCAUUAGCUGAAGCACACCUGAAAGGCGCCUCACCCUUCUUACUACACGCAGCGAAACCGCAAGCACCAGCGUUAAAAUUCCACAACCACUUCCCACCAGACGCGCCAGCGUACCGUCCAGACGUGGGCGGUUUGUCCCCUUACAGCGACCGCAAGGACUCGCUGGAGCUGGAGGGCGUGCUCGGCAAGCGCGCGCGCACGAGCACGCCGCCGCUGAGCGAGCGCGUCAUGCUGUACGUGCGCCAGGACACCGACGAGGUGUACACGCCGCUGCACGUCGCGCCGCCCACCACGCAGGGCCUGCUGCACGCUAUUGAGAAUAAGUACAAAAUUUCAAGUUCGGCAAUUAAUAAUCUUUAUCGAAAGAACAAGAAAGGGAUUACGGCCAAAAUUGAUGAUGAAAUGUUGGCGUACUACUGCAAUGAGGAUCUUUUCCUACUUGAGGUGCGACCGGCGGGCGUGAACGAGGACGAACCGCUCUACGACAUCACGUUCGUGGAGCUGUCGGUGGACCACUAGCGCUGCGCAGGCGCACGCCACGAGAGCACACCACACCGCGCUUAGGGACCGUACAGCCGCUCCAGGCAUCACCAGAGCCUGUGCUGUACGAGUCUCUGUCGCACGAAAUCAAGGGCAAAAAGAUUUUCGAGUGGCGCUCAGAAACUCAUCUUCUAUGCGUGUACACCCUCGUGAGUGCCACCUACUCGGCGUGUUCUAAAACAAGCUGCUGCUUUCUAGGUGUUCUGUGUUACUCGCUGCGCUCCUACUUUGUGUUAGACUAUCGACAUGUGGCGUUUUAUUUAACACUUUUGGACAGUCGUUUAAACAUUCCCUUUAUACACUCAUUAAAAUAUAUGUAUAUUAAUUUAUAAACGAGAUAAAAUAUCGUCUCUUAUUAUUAUGUCGAUCUCAGAUUGAAAUUACUUUUAAGCGAUUCAUCAUAUAACAUUGUUUGGAUGAAACUGUAAGUACGUCACAAAUUCGUUGGUCGCUAGAUAAACGACGUUAAAGAUCAUUGUUGUAUAUAUCUAAUUAAGUGCCUUAUGAAAUUACAGAGUGUAGGUGAUGCAACGACCUGUAUUAUGAUGGCAAUGUUAUUCCAUGUUCGGUAAUGAGAGUACCGCUUGUGUCUUAUGUAAAUGAAUAAUGUUGCUGAAUAUAAACGCGUGUGCCAUUCACUCGGUUAUCAUACUAGUUGUAUGUAGUUAUCGUUUCAACAGGUACCUUUUAAUCUUGCCAUGAUGAUAAAGUAAGAAAUUCUUGUCACAAAACUUAUUCUGUAGAUGUAUUAUGUCUACAAGCUAAAUCAUAAAGUGCCUUCAUCAUUAUAAUGUUAUAUCUAUUUUAAGUGAGUUAAGUCAAUUUACAUGCCAUCCACUUUGUUAAGUUUUAUAUACGUAAGUUUGGUCUAAGCUCGCUCAAUUCAUUCAUGUAGAUGUAGGUUACGGCGUCCAUUGCUUCCGGCUGUCUCCGCGCCUCGUGUUGUUCCUCCGAACUUCGCCCUGAAUCACCUUCAAACCCGGUAUUGACAAUACAUAAAUUACGUUUUAGAACCACCAAAUGGAAGCAACGGACGAAAAAUUACAAUUUCAAAUGAGACAGAGUCGCAAUUUUGCAUAAUGUAUGAUAAAUAAUAGUCAUUUAAACGUAGUCACAAAAGUCGUCCAUUGGAACAACAUUAACAUUAUCAUCGAUGGGAGUGGUUUGUGUAUACCUAAUUUUAAGAUUUAAUAGAUUAUACAUUUUGUUAUUAUAAUUAAAUUUCGAUACGUUAGUUAUCGGGCCAUGACAACGAUUUAUUUUAUGAAAGUAUUUGUGUCCAAGACUUAUUUAUAUUUUAAGGUUUCAUUUUAAAAGUACAUUUUUAUGAUAUUAGUAUUCCAUUUUCAAGUAAAACAACCUGAUGUUGCAUACAAUUGUAAGAAAUUACUAUUCAUUACACCGUUGUUACUGAGUCGUAAUUAUUACCAAUUCUCUGGAAAAGUUCGGAAAACCUCCACGAACUAAGUUACUUAAUAUGUUUUUCUGCUGAUUAUUCUACCUGUUUCUUACCUAUACAUUUUGUUACAUUUGAGAUAGUUAUAUUAUAGUUUCUGUUUUGAUUGGUUACGUUUUCCUGUGCAAUUAUAUGCAACGCGGAAUGGUAAGCUUACUCUCCACCGAUUUACCUAUCAUCUAAAUUCUGAACAAGUUUCUGUCACUUGGAAUGUAGUCGUAGAUGUGAAGUCGCCCAUGAUAAUGUAAUGCUACGGUAAGAUGUGCCUAGUGCGGACGGUUCGAUUAACUGCCAUAUUAUGACAUAAUUUAGAUUACUUAUUGAUGUUAGACGUAGUUGUAACUGUAGUUUGUUUUACUGUGUCCCAUGACUUGCAGGUAGACAUCGAAUUUUAAUUAAGGUAAUGUUAUUGAUAUAUUACAUAUAUUUUUUGGAAAUGUAUUGUUUUUUGUUUCGUUCUUAUAACUAAGCUGCAAAUUGUGACUGUUCCGGAUAGAGACAGUCUAAUAUUUCUUCCAUUCGGCUUACACUCGUUAAUGUCUCGCCACUAUUUAUAAGUAAUUCACAUAUUGUAUUUUAUAAACUAAGAAAAUUACGUAUUUGCUCAAAGUUCACACGUGUGUGCAGUGCGAACCGUAACUCUUAUCACAACGAUAUUUAUUUAUGUACCUACGUAUUUUAAUACUUAUAUUAUAAAUUUUGCAGCUUUAAUUUUUACUUAAAAUGAUGUUAGAUCGUGAUUCUGAAUCUCGUCAUAAGUCACAAAUGUCAGUAGCAAUAAAAGUGAAGCAGUUAGUAGCUAGAUAAUGGCCGCGGUUACGCGUGCUCGGCCCGCUCGUCUAGUGCAAUGUUAAAGAAUUUAUAAUUGAGAUUAUGUUUUGAUGUGUCUAAGAUGCCUUAGCGUAACUACAGUGUAUUAUUCAAGAAUCGAAAACACACUAUUAAGGAACAGAUUUCAUUUUAUAAUCAUACGACAUUUCAAUAGAUUAAUUUUAUUGCCAUUUAAAUUGUAAUCGAUUUUAAUUUUAAACAAAACUGGAGGUUUUUAAUUGUUUAAUUUGAUCAUUUCGAAAUGAAUUAUAAUUUUACUACAGAUAAAAUGUUAAUGGUGGCACGAAUUAAUUUUUUGUAUGUCGCCUUACCAAUAAAUGUUUGACAUUGAGCAAAUCUACAUUUAAAAUUCAUAGUCUUGAUACGAACAAAGCAAAUACAUAAUUUGCUAAUAGUUUUGAAAGUUACGCUACGGGACUGGCGGGAUAGGGCGGCGGUGCGCGGGCGCCGGCCGCGGCAUUAGUCACACUAGUUAACACAUGCAGAAAGUGGUAGCACUUUACGUUUUUAGAAUCAUCAGUACUAAUUUUAAAUUGAAUAGAUGUUACGUUAUUCUUUUAUAUGAAUAUUUGUAAGUUGUCAUAAAAUAUUAUUAAUAUAAUUAUUUUUAUCAAAGUUUAUAAUCUAAAUAAAAAUGUUUUUCUUCAAAACGUCAA